AUGAGGCAACAGGGUUACCUGGAGCAAAUAAAAGUGGGUUCUUUCUAUGAAAUAGACCACUCAAAGCUUUCACCUUCUACCCCAGAACAGCUAAGGGCAAUCCGUGUAGUCAUGGUGAGUGAAAAGGAUGAAGUCAAUGUAUCCUUGAGAUACCCAAGUGUUUAUUCGCUUCGAACACAUUUCCGUAACUGCAACAAUCCAAAUGAAAAAGGGCUCCCUGGACUAAAUGAGAAGUAUAUAAUGAGUUCAAACAUUGCUGGAGAUGCACUCUACCGGAGAAUAGAAACCGCGGAGAUUGCAAAUGGAAGAAAUUCCUGGAGCUUUUGGAUCGGACCGUCUGAGAACACCGAGAGAGAUCGAAGCUCGGGUUCUGGUGGGGAGGUCAACAAUGCAGUUUCAAAGAAGGGGAUUUGUUGGUCAGAACUCAAGUUCACUGGGAUGGUCCAGUGGGGUAGCCGGCGGCAAGUUCAAUACAUAGGUCGGCACGAAGAUAAAAAGAUAGUAGUUUUGUCAAAAUCGAUCGAUCAGCUGGAUGAAGCAAAAAACGAGAGUUUAGGAGAAGUGGACAAGAAAACAGAUCAAGAGGAUGAGGAAGAAAUAUUUAAGGUCGUGAACGACACAUAUGGAAAACGGAACAACCUCAAGAGGAAGCGCUACAGCCCUAGAAACGUUCAGAAGAAUCUCAAGAAUGCACCUCCUCAAAAGAAAAAUGGGGUAAAACUCCGUAAUACUGGUAGGAAAAAAGAACUGAAGAAAUCUAUUGACAGAUGGUCGGUUGAGAGAUAUAAAUUAGCGGAAGAGAACAUGCUGAAGAUUAUGAAGACCAAAGGAGCAGUCUUUGGGAACCCAAUACUAAGGCCAGCCCUGAGAGCUGAAGCUCGAAAGCUGAUUGGUGAUACGGGCUUGCUGGACCAUCUACUGAAGCACAUGGCUGGAAAGGUGGCACCUGGUGGAGCUGACAGAUUCCGUCGACGACAUAAUGCCGAUGGUGCAAUGGAAUAUUGGCUGGAGAGUGCCGAUUUGGUAAAUAUCAGAAGGGAGGCUGGAGUGCAGGAUCCAUAUUGGACACCGCCACCUGGUUGGAAGCUGGGUGAUAACCCUACACAGGAUCCCAUUUGUGCCAGGGAUAUCAAGGAGCUCCACGUGGAGAUUGCGAAAAUUAAGAAAUCCAUUCAAGAACUGGCGUCUGCAAAGCAACAAGAUUUAAAUAUCGUGACUAAACCGAAUUCCGAUGUUACAUCCACAAGUCUGGACCACGAAAUACAUUCCUUGACUGCAUUAAAGGAAAUCUACAACGAAUUGAUGAAUAAAAAAGUCAAAAUCGAGGAACAGCUAAUAGAGAUUUCACUAUCACUGCGUGGAAUGGAGGAGACGACAAGGAACCUAAAAUCAAAAGUGGAGAAGGGAGAAGAAGAGGGUAAUAUGGUCGGAAAAACGGAGGACAAGGCAGCAAAAAUCCGAAGGCUAAAGAGUGGGUUCAGGAUUUGCAAACCACAGGGUACGUUCCUAUGGCCAAAUAUGGGAAUGUCCCCUCAGCUGCAGGAUGAUGAACCUUAUUUUGUGGUCCCAACCCCACCCUCAGUUUCUUCAACGACCACUGCUGCACCACGCCUAAUCUCACUCUCACCCUCACCCUCCUCUAUUGGACCCCACCCCACAUCCCCUGUUAAGCCUUUGGCCAUGCGUCCACUCACCACAACCACUACCACCACUUUCUCAAAUAUCACAACAAGCCCUAAUCUCAUCAACCUUAAUGAGGUUCCUCCUCAUGGACCUUGCGACCUUGCUUUCUGUGGGACACUCACCUACCAACGAAGGCACUCCAAUGCUACUGCCUGCCACGACUUGCCAAAUUUGGUAUGUGGAAAUCAAGAGAAUGAUGGUGUGGAAGGAAAGGAAUGCUCAGGGUCUCCUUCCUCCACUCCUUCAUGGUUGCUGAUGAGAGAUAAAUGGUUGUUGGAUCUUGCAACCUCUAAAUCAUCUCUAGAUCUAUUUUCAGAAGGUGAGUGAUUUGACUUUGGUCAGUUUUAAUCAAGUAGGUUUGGGGAUUAAAAUAUAGAUAGUUCUAUUAUAUAUCAGCCUAACUUCAUUUAAUUACGUGUGUGUUUUUGUUGGGGGACGGUAUACGAUACAAGUAUAAUUAGUGUUGUAGAACCUAAAUUGACAAACCGGAAUUUGGAGGAAA